AUGUGCGGCCAAAAAAAACCGGGGGAGGGCCAGCUCCAGAGGACUUCACUCCUGAAGUCUGAGGAGCUGGCCCUCUCCUUAGACAGGGGUCGCCCAGCCACUGAGGGCAUCAAGGGUGGCAUGACUUCUGACCCUGGUGGAGGUAGCAGCUUGCAGAGCUCCUGCUUUGUACAGGGUAUGUUUCAGUGAGGCAAAGGCAAACCACUGAGUUGUUUGUGAAAAGGUGACUGCUAAUGUUCUAAUGUUUCUCCCCAGUGGACAGUGACACACUGACUGUCACGCUGCUACCUCCACCCAAGCAAACAUUGCCCAGUACAGAGGUAACUGCAAAUUCAACCAGACCAUUCGGCGGUCAUUGAUGAUGAGACUCUCUCAGCCUGCUCAGAGAGAUCAUGGCGGUGGUUCUCACAGUGGUGGGGAGAUUGUGGCAGUUAUUUAUCAAUGGCAAAUUCCACAGGUGAUGGGGUCUGCUGCUGGGAAUGAUAAGUGUGCUCACAUGCUCUCUCAUCCUGUUACUCAAUUUCAAUUGUUCUUCUUUCACAGGAAGAGGCAAACCCAGCUGCCCCUGAGCCAGUGGCCUCCACCUCCAGACCAGCCAAGACAAGGGAAUCACAAAAUGUAAUCCAUUUUCACAUUAACCAAAGUUUUAUAGGCAAAUGCUUGGACAUUGAAGCAACUGCAUGUGUUUGAUUUCAGCCCGGGGCUGACACAGUGAGGGCGCUAUACAAAAGACAGCUGGAAGAGGACAUUGAGUGCAAAGCACUCCAAAAGAAAGUGUAA